AUGUCAUCGGAAAAAUUUGUCAUUCCAUCUUCUUUCACUUUGGAGCAAUCUAUUAAAUUACUUUACAACAUUUCUCAAUCCAAAUUUAAUAACAUUCAAAAAGAUCUGAGCAUAAAACAGCAACAUGAGAAUGCAGAGUUUAUCAAGAUACUAAGUAAUUUAUUAGAUUAUAUGAAAUAUGCAGUUAAAAACAUAGAAACUACUUAUAAACUCAAUAAUUUAUAUAGUUUUAAUAAAGUGCAUGAAGAACAACUUGAAGUUAUCAAUGAUUUGAGAAUUUUAAAGCAUGAUAUCAAGGAAGCUUACAAUAUGUUAAAACAAAAGGACAAGCCCAAUAAUUCGGGUCCGACUUAUCGUUCAAAGCAAAAAAAAAAAAAAUUAAGUUUACAAAGAGAAGAAAGACAACGUCAGCAAGAAGAAGAAGACGAAAUUAAGAGAUUAAAACAGGAAAAAAAACUAAAAGAGGAGGAAAUGGGAAAGAAAAAAUUAGAAGAUCAAAAAAAACUGGAAGACCAAAGACAAAUUAUAAUUAAGGAGGCUGUUAAAAUGGAAGUUGCUAAAGAAAUGAAUAUUUUAAAGGAGAUGGAAAAAGAGAAAGAACUACUUCAAAGAAAAUCUUUAGAUUCUCAAAGAAGUGCCAUUAAAAAAAGUGCCAAUACCAAUAUCUCAAAACAACAACAGCCCCAGAGAAAAAGCAUAGACUCUAUAAGAUCGGCAAGGACCAACUUUCCAGCGCCUAAGUCGCCACCGUUUACUAAUACAACUCGCAAAAGGUUAACUACACAAACUACCGGACUGAAUGCUGCUGCAUUAGCCUUUUCUUCGAUGAAACCUCACAAUCCACCUAUUAUUACUACUAUUCAGCCAAAAACACAACAUUAUUCACAAGGAAAAUAUGAAUAUAAACAGCCUGUAAUAAGGAGAGCUAUUAUAAAAUCACCAGUUCUUUCACAUAAUAAUAUUGUUAAUAGUACUAAUACUACUGCUGCUACCAAUAAUAAUGAUAAUACUAUUCAUGGCGCUCACAAUAAUUGUACUAAUAAUAUUCAUUCCCCGCGCUCAUGUACUACGCGUAAAAAGGUGACCGAUAAUAAUAACAAUGGUAAUAACAACAAUACACAAAAUAAGCAUUUGGGACGUCCACUUUUGGUCACAGAAUGUAACAAUUCUUCUUUUUAUUCAGGUAAAAAGAAAUCAUCCUCAACGCCAACUACUCCUUCAACGCCAACUACACCAUCCACCACCACAAUUAAUAUUGCAGAGGAUAAGAUGCCAAAUUAUCCUGACCCAAGACUAUACAAAAUAAUGAAUGAUUUACAUGGUGGUGUCGAUGAAUAUGCGUGUAAGCAAAUUAUUAAUGAAAUACUAGUAACCAAGGAUGAAGUAUACUGGAGUGAUAUAUCUGGGUUAGAUUCCACGAAAAUGGCACUAAAGGAAACUGUUGUUUACCCGCUUCUAAGACCUGAUCUGUUCAUAGGGUUAAGAGAACCUGUUACCGGUAUUUUAUUAUUUGGGCCUCCAGGGACAGGCAAAACUAUGAUUGCAAGGGCUGUUGCUACAGAAUCACAUUGUACUUUCUUCAGCAUCAGUGCAUCCUCUUUAUUGUCUAAAUUUUUAGGUGAAAGUGAAAAAUUAGUCAGGGCUUUGUUUUACCUAGCUGUACAGUUAUCACCCAGUAUUGUAUUUAUUGAUGAAAUAGACUCUUUAUUGACUUCCAGAAGCGAUAAUGAAAAUGAAUCUUCAAGAAGGAUCAAAACUGAAUUUUUAAUCCAAUGGUCCGCAAUUUCCAGAAAUAACUUUCGUAGUACUUCAAAUAACGAGGAUACAAAUGAUGACAGUAAUAGCUCCUUUAAUAAUGGUGAUGACAAAGAUAUUACCAAUGCUGCGGUUAAUAUAAGUAGUAGUAGGGUUUUGGUAUUAGCUGCUACAAAUCUACCAUGGGCUAUAGAUGAAGCUGCAAGAAGAAGAUUUUCUAGAAGAUUAUAUAUCCCGUUAUCUGAUUAUGAGACUAGAUUGAAACAUUUGAGAAAGUUAAUGAGUGUUCAAAAAAAUUCAUUGACGGAUGCCGAUUUCCAAAUAAUAGCAACGUUAACUGAAGGCUAUUCCGGUUCUGACUUAACCACAUUGGCCAAAGAGGCGGCUAUGCAGCCAAUUAGGGAAUUAGGAGACGAUCUAUUAGAUGUUGAUUUAUCUAAAAUUAGAGAAAUUGAGUUAGGCGACUUUGAUAAAAGUAUGAAAACUGUAAAGAAGAGCGUUUCUAAAGAGUCGUUAAAGGCAUUUGAGGAUUGGGCUCAUAAAUUUGGUAGUAUUGGAGCAUAA